AUGGCAAAGGAGUUCACACCUGAGCCCAGGGCAAUUAGGCUGUUGGAAGCGUGCUUGUCUCGGUCAGUAACUGGAGGUAAUCUACUUUGCACAAUUGACCAGCCGAAGCAUAACAUACAAGUGACGUAUAUUACCAACUGCAUUAAGCGGAUGCAAGCGGAGGCUAUCGAGUCCAUGGAAGUCAAGGAAGAGCCAAUUACGCAACUCUACGAGCAUAUGGAUGAGUUCCACAAGCGCAGUGUAUGGAGCGACAAAUGUCAGAGCUGGUACAAGAAUGGCACAGCUGACGGCAAGCCCUGGAUCUAG